GAUACGAGCAGAUCUCUUGGGUUGGAUUUAGGGGUUCGCAUGAGCCUGGUAAUCGAUAAUGCAUGCGUCUACUGCCAAGACGGGCCUCGUCACAGGCACACGUACACACACCCUCGCCCUCAGCUACCUAGCGAGGCAGCCCCACUAUCGCAUCGCCAAAGCCUCAAAAGACGAGGUGGUUUUGACACCACAAAGAACCAUUCCUUUAGAAUAGAAUCAUAAAAAUUAUAUACGACUAAAGAAAAAGAGUUACAGUGGAGGGGCCAGGUUGCCAAACCAAUCUUCCCUUCUAGUAAUAUACCUUCUAUAAAUAAUACACAUGCGCUC